AUGCUUUUCCUCCUUGCUUCCUCCUCCCACCUCCUCCCCCAUCACUAUACCUCUCUCUGUCCUUCCCAACCUUCUGCUGUAAUGCAGAAAAAGAAGAAAGUGCCCUCUAUUCACUCCAGCUCCAAGGUCGAUGAUGACAGUACAUUAGAAUUGACAUUGAACCAAACUGUCACCUGCAAACAACCAUACCAGUUGUUAGCAAAAUGGAUGGCUCACUCAGAGAUGCCCUUUGCAAAUUUCACUACAGUCAUGAACAUAGUUCUCACAGAGGCUAAAGCUGAAAGUGAAAUGGGCACACCUUUAAUCAGAGAAGCAUUUUGGAUAACAUUUGGUAGAAGCAGUGAGAGCAAAGUGGUCAUCUGUCCUUUGCUCAACAUGGCUGUAAAGCCAUCUUCCAACCAAAUUUCUUCUGCUGGUUUAGUGGGGUCCAUGUGGUCAAAGAAAUUGACAACAACUACAGAGAACCACUUAUCACUUAUGUGGAACCAUUGUGUUAGGCUUUACACCACUGCUGAUAUCUGUGUCCUUCAAAUGUUUGAGGGCUUCACUGAGGCUUGUCGCAACUGUAACUUCCAUCUCUUUCUCAGAAGGAACUGCAAUGUGAUCAGAAUCACUGCUGUUAUCCAAGUCUGGAAGACUAGCAGGAGAUGA